AUGACUAAGAUUUACUUCUUUAGUGACAUAUCAAGAGGUAUUUGGGCUGGUGAAGUUGGAGUCAGAAGACUUUUAAAAUUAUUCAAGAAGUAUAACAUUAGAGCUACUUGGUUCAUUCCAGGACAUUCAUUAGAAACUUUCCCUGAAUCGUGUGCUGAAGUUAGAGAUGCUGGUCAUGAAAUUGGUUUACAUGGUUAUUCACAUGAAAAUCCUGUUGAUAUGACAUUAGAACAACAACGUGAUGUUCUUGAUAAAACUUUUAAAUUAUUAACUGAAUUCACAGGGAAACCUCCAAAGGGAAGUGUUGCACCAUGGUGGGAAACCAGUGAAACAGGUGUAGAAAUGUUGUUGGAUUAUGGUAUAGAAUAUGAUCAUUCUAUGAGCCAUCAUGAUUGUUUACCAUAUUGGUUAAGAGUUGGUGAUACUUGGACUAAUAUUGAUUAUUCUAAAAAGGCAAAAGAUUGGAUGAAACCAUUGGUUAAAGGGAAAGAAAUAGGACUUGUUGAAAUUCCAGCAAAUUGGAAUCUUGAUGAUUUACCACCAAUGGUGUUUAUUAAAGGAAGUCCUGAUGGUCAUGGUUGGACAAAUGCAAGAGAUAUUGAAGAUAUUUGGAGAGAUCAUUUUGAGUACUUCUAUAGAGAAUAUGAUGAAUUUAUUUUCCCAAUGACCAUACACCCUGAUGCUAGUGGCCGUCCUCAUGCUAUAUUAAUGCAUGAAAGAUUAAUUGAAUAUAUUAACUCUCAUGAAGGUGUUGAAUGGGUUACCAUGGGUGAGAUUUCUGAUGAUUUCAAGAAAAGAACACCAGUUCCAGAAGGUGCACGUCUUCCAAAGUCACAAAGUGAAGUUUUAAAGAAUUUGGGUAUUAGUUUAUCACAGUAA